UUAGUUGCUUUAGUGGCUGUGGCUCCCUAAUUAAUUGCAGCUAUCUGUCUCCUAUCGAUGUGUGUGUACAUGUGUGUUGUGUGUGUGUGUUGCCUUUUUUCUCCCCAAACCGAACAUGAAAUAGUUUGUUGGGCUAUACUUUCCUUCUUCCUAUCUAUCCCCCCUUCCUUCCUUCCCGUCCUGGUUCGCAGGCAGAGACAGGACAGAUUGAGACCCAGCUGUGUUCGUCGCUUUUGGUCGUUGCCAUUUUCCCCCCUCAUUGCCCGGUGAUGUUGGAUAUGGGAGAGCGCAAAGAGGUGAAAAUGAUUCCUAAAUCGUCGUUCAGUAUAAACAGUUUGGUGCCCGAGGCCGUGCAAAGCGACAACAACAACCACCAGAACCAGCAUCACCACCAGAACCACCACCACCAGAACCACCACCACCACCGGCCCGGCGGCGCAGACGAAGCCGAGCAGAAAGCUCCUCUCCCGGCCGCGCAGCAGGACGUGAAAGCGGACUCUAAAAGUGACUCUACGAGCCCGGAGAGCUGCCCGGACGAGAAGGAGAAGCAGGAGGAGAAGAAGGACGGGAAAGACGGGGACGGCGCCGGAGGGAAGGACGGAGAGAAGAAAAGCGGCAAGUACGAAAAACCUCCUUUUAGUUACAACGCGUUGAUCAUGAUGGCCAUCCGGCAGAGCCCGGAGAAGCGGCUCACCCUCAACGGCAUCUACGAAUUCAUCAUGAAAAACUUCCCGUACUACCGGGAGAACAAGCAGGGCUGGCAGAACUCCAUCCGCCACAACCUCAGCCUCAACAAAUGCUUCGUCAAGGUGCCGCGGCACUACGACGACCCGGGCAAGGGGAACUACUGGAUGCUGGACCCCAGCAGCGACGACGUCUUCAUCGGCGGCACCACCGGGAAGCUCCGGCGGCGGUCCACCACGUCCCGGGCCAAGCUGGCCUUCAAGCGCGGAGCCCGGCUCACCUCCGGGCUGACGUUCAUGGACCGGGCCGGCUCCCUGUACUGGCCCAUGUCCCCCUUCCUCUCCCUGCACCACCCGCGGGCAGGCAGCGCCCUGGGCUACAACGGGACCUCCUCGGGCUACCCGGGUCACCCCAUGUCCUACAGCACCAUGCUCACCCAGAACAUGGGCAACAACCACUCGUCGUUCCCGUCCUCCAACGGGCUCAGCAUGGACCGGCUGGUCGGCGGGGAUCUCCCCUACGCCACGCACCACCUGACGGCGGCGGCCCUGGCGGCCUCGGCGGUGCCCUGCGGCCUCUCCGUGCCUUGCUCCGGGGCCACUUACUCCCUGAACCCGUGCUCGGUCAACCUGCUGGCCGGGCAGACCAGUUACUUUUUCCCCCACGUCCCGCACCCGUCCAUGACCACGCAGAGCGGCGGCGGCGGCUCCUUGCAGGCCGCCCGGGCUUCGGCCUCCAAUUCCCCGCAGGCUCCGUCCUCCUCCUCGCUGCCCUGUGACUCUCUGAGGCCGGCUCUGUCCGGCUCUCUGCCGGCCUUCUCCUCGGGACUUUCCGGGGGUUUGUCUGACUAUUUUACGCAUCAAAACCAGGGGUCGACGUCCAACCCGCUUAUACACUAACACCCCCAAAAACCCUCACCCCUCCAGCUUGACCCCCUGCACCCUUACCUCACCUCUCCAUCCUCCAUCCUCCCAUUCAUCCAUCCAUCCUCCCAUUCCCCCCUGAAGGAGUGAAAAUCUUAAAAUGACUGGAACUGUAAGUUGAACAUUUUACACUGAACAUUUACAUUGUAAAAAAAAAUUACAAAAUUAUUAUAAACUACCAACUAUAGAAAAAAGAGGAGAGACUUAAACUGCAAAACAAAAAAGAGCAGCAGAGAAACACUCACAGAAAGCAGCCCUGAAGUUUCCAGGUAUUUUUUAAUAUUAUUAUUAUUAUCUCUUCUUCUUCUAUUUCUUCUUCUUCUUCUUCUUCUGCUCCAUCUUCUGCAGUUUUGAUUUCUGUGUACAUAAUGUCUGUUACUAUAAGUGUCUGGGCUUUGUCUCUGUAUAGUUCUGUCAGUCAGCGACAUGCAAUGUGAGCUGAGAUAAAAACAGAGAGGAUGAUGGGAGCUGUACGCUGAUUUAUUUUUCUGUUGUUGUUGUUGUUGUUGUUGGAGGAGGCAUUACUUUUAUAGAAUGUGUAUUUAAAAUAGUUUUGUCUAAUUUUGAGAUUUAAAAAAAGGUAAAAAUAAUAAUAAUAAUAAUGAUAAUAAUAAUAUCUAAUAGCCGGUCUCGCCCGCAUGUUUGCAGUAUUAUCAGGUCUCGUGCGGGGCAGAAAAGAAGCGGCGGAGGAUGAUUUUAUUUUACGAAAUUUAAACACUAAUUUUUUUUUAUUUUAAAUUUUUAUUUUCUAUACAGUGAAAAUGUGUUUUUGUUUUUUAAGCAGAAAGCAAAGCGACUCUGGCUCCCGCCGUUAAUGUCCUGAGGCUGUUUUUCUCCAUUCAUUCAUUUCCCUGUUGAAAACUGUUCAUGUGACUUUUAUAGACCAAAGAAUCGGUUUCUUUUUUUUCUUUUCUUUUUUUAGGAAGUAUAGAAUCAGUACUGAGCUGCAUAAACAUGACAGAGGCCGGAUGUAGAAGGAAUUAAGGAGUGGGUGAAUGAAUGAGUGAGUGAGUGAGUGAGUGAAUGAAGGGGUGACUGAUGCCGCCUUCACUGCAGAAAAUGUCCAUUUAAACGAGAUUUUUGUUUAUUUUCUGAAAUUAGCGGAAAUUGAAACAGUUUGGCGCCGAUCUGACACAUUUGAGCGGGUGUUUAGUGGCUGCAGCUCGAGGGAUUUCUGCCUUAAAUCCGCCUCGUUUUUUUUUUUUCUUGAAAUCAGAUGUGAAACUGCGUUGGCAGCAGCGUGAAGUGAACUCCUCAUUUCCGAGUAAAGAAAUGAGAUUUCCCAGCUGAGUUUGGAGCGUAAAUGUCUCGUUUGGUGGAUGGAUGUUUUCCGCAGUGCAGCUGUGAUGUGCUUUUCUUUCACUGUAAAACGUGAUCGCCGAUAAAAAAACAAAAAAAAAAAACGGACGUUCACGCUUCUUCUUCUUCUUCUUCUUUUAUUUUUUGUAUAAUUAGUAAAAGAGAGAGAGAAAUGUCUUUUUGUAAUUUGAAUUUGGGGUUUUCCUUUUUUUUUUUUUAAACAUGUAAAAACCCGUUUGUUUGACAGAAGAAAAAAUGCCUCAUUAUCUAAUACUACUUGGAAUGAUUGUCCUUUAAUUGUCGUCUCUAAAACGAUUUUUCAUGGUUGUGAUACUAUUGUGGUCUUAUUCUUAUUCCCGUGUUUGUCGCUUAUAAAAGUAAAAAAAAGAGAAAAAAAUGUUUUAAUCAUAAAAAAAAUAAAAAUAAAAGAAUAGGUUACAUUCAUAA